UUUUCUUUUGUUAUUUUCUCAUCCAGAUCACCACCCCAUCACUUACUCUCAUAACCCACAAACCAAAGCUACUCAUUCACCAUGGUUAUCAAGGUUGGCAUCAAUGGAUUUGGCCGUAUCGGUCGUCUGACUUUGAGGGCAGCCCUCAAGAACCCCAGCGUACAAGUUGUCGCAAUCAAUGAUCCUUUCAUUAAUCCUGAUUACAUGGUGUACAUGUUCAAGUAUGACUCCACACACGGAAAGUUUGAGGGAGAUGUAAGUGGUGACAACGAAAACCUGGUUGUCAAUGGAAACAAAAUUAAAGUAUUCCAACAAACGAACCCAGCCGAGAUCAAAUGGGCCGAUUGUGGAGCGGAGUACGUGGUGGAAUCUACCGGUGUCUUCACCACCCUGGACAAGGCCGGUUCUCAUAUUACAGGAGGAGCUAAGAAGGUUGUCAUCUCGGCUCCUUCUGCUGAUGCCCCCAUGUUUGUCAUGGGUGUCAACGAAUCGGGAUACAAUCCAGCAACGAUGAACAUUGUCAGCAAUGCAUCGUGCACAACCAACUGCUUGGCCCCAUUGGCCAAGGUCAUCAACGAUAACUUUGGCAUCGAAGAAGGUCUGAUGACAACCGUUCACGCUUACACUGCCACGCAGAAGACUGUUGAUGGUCCCAGCCAGAAGAAAUGGCGUGAUGGUCGUGGUGCUGCUCAGAACAUCAUCCCAGCUUCAACUGGAGCAGCAAAGGCUGUAGGCAAGGUCAUCCCAGAGCUCAACGGCAAACUGACUGGAAUGGCUUUCCGUGUUCCCGUCCCUGAUGUCUCCGUUGUGGAUCUGACUAUUCGUCUGAAGAAGCCUGCUAGCUACGAUACCAUCAAACAAGCCGUUAAGGCUGCAGCAGACUCCAAGGAAUUGGGACGCUACCUUGGAUACACAGAGGACCAGGUUGUCUCCCAAGAUUUCCUUGGUGAUACCCGAUCCAGUAUCUUUGAUGCCGCAGCUGGUAUCGCCCUCAGUGACAACUUUGUCAAGCUGGUUUCAUGGUACGACAACGAGAAUGGCUACAGCCACCGCGUAAUUGACCUCAUCGUGUACAUGGCCUCCAAAUCAUGAGCUGAUGUUCGUCUUCUCUCCAACCUGUAAUCAUAAAAUGACUGCGGUAUCAAACCUUCCCCAUUGACUCACACAUACAUUUAUCCUAAAACUAACUGUGUAUAAAGCUAUUGUCCUUAUGCACAAUCCACACGGUACACAUAUUAUAUCAAGCAAUAUGUGUAUUGUGUAUAGAUAGUGUUCUGUGCUAUAUCCAUGCUUGGUGAAAACUUCAUUUUGCUCUUCCAAAUAAAAUUAAGCAUUCAAGCAUGGUUUCAAUAUUCAUAAAUUCAAAUGAUCAUUCAGUUAGAAGUACACAAAACAUCAUUUUGAAUAGGAUCGUCCUAACUGCCAAAGUCAUUCGUGCUAGUCUUGUGUUACAGUGGUUUUAUUGAUAUCCCUGCAUCAUAUUUAUAUGUUUGGAGCUAUUAUCUUGAUUUUCUGUACUUGUUGCGUGUCAUAGCUGCAUUUUAUAUUAAAUGCUCUCCCAUCAGCACUUCAUAAUUUGUGGACAUUUUUGUAUGCCGUUAAAAACAGUGAAAUAUAAAGUAUUCUCCUAUUAUACGCAAUUGAAAUAUAUAUGGAUUUGAUGAAUACAGUGACUAUUGUCAGUACCAGUGGUUAUGUUAGCUUUUUCUUUGAAAGAAAUUGGAUUUUUAUGUAGAAUUUGGCUCACAUGGUGAAAAUACAAAUCAAAAUUUGGCAAAUUCUUGUGAACAUUACUAUAACAUAAAACACCUUAUUGAACAGUAUAUUACUUCAGAAGUAUAACUCUUAUUUAUUCCACAGGAAUUAUAAAAAUAAAACACUUCAUAAACACUGUUUCGUUUCAUAUUGUACUCUAACUCGGCUCCAGGAGCCGGCAGUCAUAACUGCCCUUGAUUAAAAACUUUAUCCAUUUACAAUAUAUUUCAUUAAGCUGAAUUUUAUAGUGGUUUUAUCAUUAUCAAUCAGGGUUGUAGAUUUUUCUUUGAAUGUUGGAUGUGUUGACGUAGAGGGUUGGAUUUGAUGUGCAGUAUUUCCUUCAGAUUUUGUACCCCUUGUUUGUAUGAGCCUCCAUAUGAGUACGAUGAUGAUAAACCUCAAUAAAAAUAGAAGUAUUUAGGAACAAAA